AUGUCUACUCCCGCUAGAAGACGAUUGAUGAGGGAUUUUAAGAGGUAAAAGUUUCUCUUUGGGUAUUAAAUUAAAUUACUGGUAGUAGGUAGCCAACGUAAGUAACAAUAGCGAUACAGAACUGAGAGUAAGCGGAUCAUUAAUACGUAGAACGUUCGUGUUGCUAGUUGUUUUUGAGUGACCGUGCUUUUUGUUUCAAUUUGCUAGAAUUUCAGACGAGCCCCCAGACGGUGUUAGCGGAGCUCCUUGUGAUAACAACAUUAUGAUUUGGAACGCUGUUAUCUUCGGGUAAAUAUAUAACAAUAAGCUUACUAUGAACUUGAAUAGCUAAAACAUUUCAAUUUCAACCAGUACACCUUAAGGGAGCAUAAAAGAACCUUUCCAACAAUUUUUUCUGUUUCUUCGCAGACCCAAAGACACACCAUUUGAAGACGGUAAGCUGUUCUUUUGGUUUACGUAACUCGCCUUACGUAGUUUGCUUCCUUUAUGCGAGGAGAAACAAAGUUGAUUGGAUAAGUUUUUGUUUCGCUUUUAUAGGGACGUUUAAAUUACAAAUGGAAUUUACAGAAGAAUACCCCAAUAAACCACCGACUGUUAAGUUCAUAUCAAAGAUGUUUCACCCCAACGGUAAGUGA